AUUAUAAGUCAAUAUAUACUACUGUUUGUUUUUUCUCUUGUGGUCUAACUUAACGAAUAUGUAUAUAAUUCAUUUUAAUGUUAUUUCUAAUCAUACUGAUGGUAUUUACUCAACAGAACACUCGACAAACGUCAAACAAGUGAUUUAAAACAAGAUACAACUAUUUCAGAUAAUAAUAAUACCAACAACAGCAACAACAACAACGUUUUCUUAUAAAUGGCCUGUUCUUUUAUAAACUACAAAUUCUUUACAGAAAAAUCUAAACAAUUCUUAUUGGAUACAUAUUGUUAAUGCUUAACCUAUUGUAUUAGUGCUGCUGUUAUUCCUUGGUGGGACAAUUUUAUCAGUGUAAAAAUCAAAUUUUUUUAUAUGAUAAAACGAUGCUGAAAAAUACAACUUACUCAAAUGUUGAGAAUGGCCGUGAAAAGUUAUUUGAUUUUGGUUUAGCGCCCAGUGCAAGAAAAGCCUAUGGAAAUCUUGAACAGUCUACUCGAAAAGCUUAUAGUAAUAUUAAUCUCAGUGAUACAUUAACUGAUACAGAUGAGGAUUGCUCACUAAAAGACCGCCGAAAUUCAUAUUAUGAAUAUCCUGUUGUCAAACACAAUACAAAAAUAAUGAGGACUGGUUCAUUCAAUGGCGUCGAUUCCGCAAGCUAUGAAAAUGAUUCAAGUGAUUGGAAUUCAAGUAAUUGUCGUCACUUCCCAAGAUUCAAACCCUCUAAUGACAGAACUGAAAAUAAUGAACAGUUUGAUAAGCGCUCUAAAUCACCAUCUGUAAAUAGAAGAACUAUUAGUCCUGUGGCAAUUGCUUCAUCUACACCGAAAACAAAUCAUAAACUAUCGGCUACGAUGAAUAUGACCAAUUCAUCUGUAGUGACAGGAAAUUCUUUUGAAGUUUCUGCUGAUGGAAUGAAUGAUAGUAGUAUCGUGCAGAAUAAUCCAUUUUCACCAAGAAAAGCAACACCUACAGCUGAAACUAGUGCGAUCGAUGAUUCACCUAGUAUGACAAGGAGUGAGGUGAUAUCGCCUUUUCAAGUUAGAACUAUUCCAACGCCAUCCAAAGAAUUCACGAAUGACGAUCAAUAUAAAAUAAAACCAGAUAAAUACUUAAAAUCUUCUAAUAUUGUUAUUGUACGUGCAAAAGAUGCAAUCACUAAUCACAAAGAAAUUUAUCCACAAUUUACUGAAAAUUUAAUGAAUUCAUAUAAAAAUAACAUGAUUAAUUCACCGUUACUGAGUAAUAGACAUCAUGUAAGAUUGGUCUAUGCUAAACCACCCAAAUUGAGAAGGGAUCUUAUGUCACAAGAAGAUCGUGAAGUAAUAUCACCAGUGAAACUAGCCAAUGCACCAGUAACUCGAGCAAGUCCAACAUUUGAAGAUUAUUUUACAAUUAAAAAACUUGAUCUAAAUGAUAUCCCGGAACAAAAACUGGCAAUUUCAACAAAUCAAUUCGGUGAAUUCAAUGAUUCCAUUGAACGUGUUAUUAUUCGUAUAUUUGACUUGGCAGUAGUUCCUGGUGGUGCACUACGUGGUAUUGUUUAUGUGACUUUUAAACAGCCAAUAAAUUUGCAUACUUUAACUGUGACCACGGAAAUGAUCACAAAAUCAGUAUCGUCGGAUGAGAAACAAGAUAUGGAGAAACGAAUACCCAUAUCAUAUAAUGUUUUGUCAGAUGAUACGUCAAUUGGUAAAAGAACACCUCUACGUAAAUUCACCUAUGAUCAACCAGAAUUUAUGCAAUCUCCAAUUAAAGAAGUUAAUCUUAGUGAUCAAUGCUUUACACCAUUUCUUGGACCAGUUAAACUUGGCCCUGGUCAUCAUGCAAUUCCUUUUGCAUUUCCUCUUGAAAGUGAUGCACAUCCUUCCAUAUUACUAAGAGGUAAAGUUGGUAUUACAAGUGAAGUAGAAAUUAUUCAUAGAUAUUAUAUCUAUGCAACAUUACGAUUGAGUCGACUAGAUGAAGAUCAUUCAGACACAAUCAGUACAAACAAUUUAAAUGUUAAAGUGCUUAGUUGUGGUCCACCAAAUUAUACACUACCUAAUGGUGAUCGAAUACCAGCCAUUAUGAAAACAUUUACAAUGGAAAAUAGACAAAUGUUAAUACAGAUUGAAAAUAUUAUCUUUCAAGAUUGUGAUGACAUUAAUAUUUAUGUAUUUACGGAUGAACCAGCUGGUAUACGUUAUGCUGAAGCUUAUUUACUUCGAAUCUUUCAUAUACCUGGAUUAAAAGUUUCCGAUACAAAAGCAUUAUAUAAAUUAAAAAAAUAUCCUCCAAAUGUUUUUAUCGAUGGUCGUACUGAAAAAGUUCACUUUACUGAAAAUCUACCUUUACCAUUUACGGAAGCAGCUGAAAGUGAAAGUACACGACUAUUUUCCGAUACAACACAUGUACCAAGUCAUUAUCGUGAUUUUCGUGUAUCAUGUGAAUCGUUAAAUUCAACAGAACAUUCACAAAAAGCAUUACAAAAUGAUACAUAUAGAGAAUUGCCUAGAGAUGCACGUAAAGCCGGUUGUCAUUUAAAAUUAAACAUACCAGUUAAUUCGGUUCCGCAAAGUUGUUUAGAAGCAUUGAAGAUAACUUAUUAUGUUAGGGUUCUUAUUCAUGACAAACGUAAAGUAAUGGCAUAUAGUUUACCAAUUUCAGUAGUUGAACAACGCUCUGACGAUUAUCAAAUGCGUUAUUUAGGUGAAGGCAAUCAUAUAUACGACCCUGAAUACUUGAAGCUGAAACGUGAUAGCCGAUGUUCAGUGUCAUAAAAUUUUUCAUACAAAUUAAAAUGUACUUACACUGUCAACUAGAAAAAAUUCAAUUUGAAAUUGUCAAUUAAUUGUCAAUUAUUAUUAUUAGUUUUUGCAAAAACCAUAAAAAUACAGUUGAUUGUUUUUUUCACCAAGAGAAUGACAACAAGUAAAUUAACGUUAGAUUUUGUUUCUUUUUGUCUUGAAUUUAUGUUUAUGUCAUCGGUUUUUGCUAUAUGAUUCAUUUUUGUCUUGUUAUGUGAUAAAAGUUUGAGGUAUACUCUUUCUUAUAUAUAAUUUAGUUAGCUUUAAUUUCAUUUCGUUUGCUUCAGUUUUAAUUAACUUUACUUGCUAUUAAUAACUAUCAUCUGCUUUGUUUAUUCUGUAUUUUUUCUUUCAUCAAUUUUUCUAAUAAAAAUGAUACAAAUGAAUGAAUAAAAUUUGCAUUCACUAAAGCUAUUCAUUAUUUCAUAAUCAAUAAAUUAAUUAUUCAAUUAGCAUUGUUGUGAUAAACCUUUACAUUACUUACUGACUGACUUAAUUAAAUUCUUCUACAUAGAAGAGGUUUUCUUUUCUUUUUUUUUUCAUUCUAAUUAAUCAAUAAUUGUGUUUACAUACACGUAAAAAUAAACACUCACAUUUGGAUUAUUAAACAUAAAUAAAUAAAGAGGUGUCUUUGUCA